CGCGCCGCGCGGCGUGAGCUGGGGACGGUGCGGGGACGCAUGGAGGUCAGCGGUAGCCCUCCCGGCUGCUGCGAGGGGAGGCCCGGGCACUUGCCGUGCGCCGGCCAUUGGCUCGCCCUGCUGUGCGAGACGGUCCGAGCGGUUAGAGGCCACAGCAGCAGGAUGCGUGACGGGUCCUUGGAGGGCUGUGGGACCACUUGUUAGCAGUCGUACCUGCCUCCGCCCCCGCCCCUGCCCCGUCAUGGCGGCUCGCCUGGUGAAACGGUGCACAUGCCUCCUGAGGGAGGCCACCCUUGUGGCCCCUGCUGUGGCUCCAGUUGGCCGACUGAGACUUACCCAGGUCGCCCCCAGGACUCUGACUUCCUCAGCUACCUCGCCCAGUUCCCACUUCCCAGGCUCCUUGUCGGGGCUCUUAGAGAAGGAACAGGUGUUCACCACCAGGCCAGAGCAGCAAGAGGUGGACCAGCUCAUUAGGAAGGCCACCCGGCCAGAGGAGCUCCUGGAGCUGCUCGGUGGUGGUCACCACCUGCACGAGAACCACGCAGCCCUCAUGCUCAUCCAGCUUUCUCGCCUGCUCUCUGACAAGCCAGAGUACAAGGCCUCGCUCAUGCGGGAUGCCCGCUUUCAGCAGCUUCUCCAGCUUGUCGACAGCCAGAUAGCCUCCGUCUGGCACGGGCCCCUCGUGAGGCUGCUGCGGAGCCUCUACGCGCUGGCGCUCCCGGCGGCCUGCAAGGAGCUGCAGUCGGUGGAGCAGGAGGUCCGGUGGCGCCUGCGCAGACUCAGGUACAAGCACCUGGCCUUCCUGGCGGAGUCCAGCGCCACCUACAUGCAGGAGCGGGGCUCCCAGGAGCUGCUGGCCGAGCUGCUCCUGCACCUGGAGCGGCGCUGGGCAGAAAUCGAAGACGGCCGCACGGUGGUGGCCAUGAUGGCGAAGACGGGGCCCCUCUCGGAGCCACUGAUGACCCGCCUGGAGGACAAGUGCCUGGAGCUGGUAGAACAGUUCGGCCCCGACGAGCUGCGGAAGGUGCUGGUGACGCUGGCCGCUCAGAACCGGCGCUCCGUGCCCUUGCUGCGAGCCAUCUCUUAUCACCUGGUCCAGAAGCCCUUCCCCCUGACGAAAUGCAUCCUCUUGGACCUGGCGUACGCCUACGGCAAACUCGGCUUCCAGCAGCCCCAGGUGUUCCAGCGCCUGGCUGCCGACCUGCUACCCCACACGCCCAGCCUGACGUCGGGCGAGGUGGCCCGCUGCGCCAAGUCCUUCGCCCUCCUCAAGUGGCUCAGCGGGCCCCUGUUUGAGGCCUUCGUCCAGCACGUCCUGGACAGAGCCCAGACCGUCCCGGUGCCGUACUUGUGCAACGUGCUCCUGGCCUUCGCGCAUCUGAACUUCCGUCCGGAACGGGAGGACCAGUUCUUCCGCCUGGUUCACGAGAAGCUGGGCCCAGCGCUGACGGGCCUGCACCCAGCCCUGCAGGUGGACGCGGUGUGGGCCCUGUGCGUGCUGCAGCGGGUGCGGGAGACAGACCUGCGGGCCGUGCUGCGCCCUGGCCUGUGCACCCAGUUCCUAGAGGGCAGGUCCCCGAAGGAUCAGAGCACCUUCCAGAAGCUGCUCCACAUCAAUGCUAGCGCCCAUCUGGAGCACCCGGAGUACACCGGCCCCCAUCUGCCGGCCUCAGCCCUGGUCCCCAGACUCUCAGCCCUCGACGGGAAGGUGACCCCCUUGCAGAAGGAGCUGCAGGACACGCUGAAGGGGCUGCUGGGGGACAGCAGCAGGGGCAGCUUCAUGGUGCCCACGCAGUACGGCUGGGUCCUGGACGCCGAGGUGCUGCUGGACCCCGAAAGCCAGUUCCUGCCCCCCAGGGACUUCGUGGCCCCUCAUCUCACCCCGCCCUCCGGGAGUCAGCCGCUGCCCCCCGGGGCCAAGAGGCUGGCCUUCCUGCGCUGGGAGUUCCCCAACUACGGCAGCCGGAGCCGAGACUUGCUGGGGCGCUUUGCGCUGGCCCGGCGCCACGUGCGGGCCGCUGGCUUCCUGGUGGUGGACGUCCCGUACUACGAGUGGCAGGAACUCAGGUCUGAGUGGCAGAAAGGUGCCUACCUGAAGGACAAGAUGCGGAAAGCUGUGGCAGAGGAGCUGGCCAAGUGACCGUCCUGAGCCGUGGACCGCGUUCGUGGGGGCCGGGCUCCCCCAAGGCCUGACCAGGGCCACUCGGACGUGUGCGAGCUUGCCGGCAGCUCCUGCCUCCCGUGGGCAAUAAACCUGUGAUUCCGGUUUUCAACCA